AUGUCUUGUGAUCCAACCAAUGACUCAAUCGAGUAUAGUGCCAUUAUAUUACACAAGAAUUCAACUAUCGUAGCUAGAAAACCAAGUGCACCACCAAAGAAAAUACCAUUGAUCAAAACAUCAGGUGAACAUUUACAAAAAACAAACAAACAAAAACAAAUAGAAAGAUCAAAGAAACAAGCAGAGUUUAAUAAGAAAUUAGCAGCUAUACCAGAUGAUACAUCACAUCAUAUGUUCUUUUCGUUUAAUGAAGCGUUGGUACCACCCUAUCAUGUUAUUAUAGAUACGAAUUUCAUAAAUUUUUCAAUCUCCAAUAAGAUCGAUAUAGUUCAAGGUUUGAUGGAUUGUCUCUAUGCAAAGUGUAUACCAUGUAUCACCGAUUGCUGCGCAGCAGAGUUGGAGAGACUCGGACCAAAGUAUAGAAUUGCACUCAAAGUUUCAAAAGAUCCACGUUUCCAACGUCUAACUUGUUUACAUAAAGGAACUUACGCUGAUGAUUGUAUUAUCAAUAGAAUUACAAUGCAUCGUAUAUAUAUGGUUGCAACAUGUGAUGCUGAUCUUAGAAGACGUAUUCGUAAAGUACCUGGUGUUCCAAUUUUAUAUCUUAAAGGAAAGAGAUAUACAAUCGAGCGUAUGCCAGAUGCUCCUGGUGCACCUAAAUAA